AUGAGCGGAACUAUAAAACUAGAAAAUACGGCUCGUAGAGAUGCCUUGAUUGAAAUAGAAAAGAAAUAUCAGAAGGUUUGGGCUGAGGAAAAAGUUUUUGAAGUUGAUGCUCCCACGAUAGAAGAAGAGCCAAGUGAAGAUGUUGAGGAGAUCAAAGAGAGAUUACCAAAGUUUUUCUCUACAAUGGCAUACCCUUAUAUGAAUGGCGUUUUGCAUGCGGGCCACACUUUUACUUUGUCCAAGGUAGAAUUUGGGACAGGGUUUGAAAGGAUGCUUGGCAAGAGAGCUUUAUUUCCUUUAGGAUUUCACUGUACUGGUAUGCCGAUAAAGGCUGCUGCUGAUAAGAUUAAAAGAGAAGUUCAGGACUUUGGACCUGAUUUUUCGGGAGCUCCUCCUGAAUACGAAGAAGUUGAGAAGGAAGUAGUGAAGAAGGAAGACAUCACUAAAUUCUCUGCAAAAAAAUCUAAAGCUGCAGCUAAGCAAGGCAGAGGAAAAUUUCAAUUUGAGAUUAUGGCUCAAGCUGGUAUUCCGAAGGAAGAAAUUCGUAAAUUUGAAAAUACAGACUAUUGGCUCAAGUACUUCCCACCCCUUGUUGAAAAAGAUGUCACUUCUAUCGGUGGAAGAGUAGACUGGAGGCGUUCUUUCAUAACUACCGACGCAAACCCAUAUUACGACGCAUUUGUCAGAUGGCAAAUCAAUAGAUUAAAGCAGUGUGGUAAGAUCAAGUUCGGAGAAAGAUACACCAUUUAUUCUGAAAAGGAUGGCCAGGCUUGUUUAGACCAUGAUAGACAGUCAGGGGAAGGUAUUAAUCCACAAGAAUACACCGGUAUUAAGAUUGAAAUCACAGAAUUUCCCGAUGCAGCAAAAGCAAUAUUCGAAAAAGAGAAUUUUGAUUUUGUUAAUAAAAGGAUAUUUUUGGUGGCUGCUACUUUGAGACCCGAGACGAUGUAUGGUCAAACUUGCUGCUUCGUAUCCCCCAAGAUAACUUACGGAAUCUUUAAUGCCGGUGAUAAUAACUAUUACAUCACUACAGAGCGUGCUUUUAAAAAUAUGUGUUACCAAAACUUAACUCCAAAGAGAGGUUAUUAUAAGCCUGAACUUCAAAUUGAUGGAAAUGUUUUGAUAGGAUCAAAGAUUUCUGCUCCGUUAUCUGCUCACAAAAAUUUGCGUGUAUUGCCUAUGGAAACAGUUCUUGCUAACAAGGGUACUGGUGUUGUUACCUGCGUCCCAUCUAAUUCCCCAGAUGAUUAUAUUACUACCAAGGAUUUAGCUAACAAAGCAGCUUAUUACAAAAUUGAAAAAGAAUGGGUGUGUACCGAUAUUUUACCUAUUAUUAGAAGUGAAAAGUACGGAGAUAAGAGCGCUGAAUACUUAGUCAAUGAAUUGAAGAUACAAUCACCUAAGGAUUCAGUUCAAUUAGCCAAAGCUAAGGAACUUGCCUAUAAAGAAGACUUCUAUAAUGGUACUAUGAUCUAUGGAAAAUACGCUGGAGAUAAAGUUGAAAUUGCUAAAGCAAAGGUUAAAAACGAUUUGAUCAAAGCUGGUGAUGCUUUCACAUACUGUGAGCCUGAGGGUCUUGUUAUAUCAAGGUCUGGUGACGAAUGUAUCGUUUCGUUAGAAGACCAAUGGUUUAUUGACUAUGGUGAAGAAGAGUGGAAAUCUCAGGCGUUGGAUUGCUUACACAGCAUGCAGACUUACACCAAAGAAACGAGACAUGCUUUUGAGGGAGUGCUUGACUGGUUGAAAAAUUGGGCAGUCACAAGAAACUUUGGACUCGGAACUAAAUUGCCGUGGGAUCAAAAUUUGUUAGUGGAAUCUUUGUCUGAUUCUACUAUUUACAUGGCUUACUAUACAAUAUGUCAUUUCUUACAUUCUGACUAUUAUGGUCGCAAAAAGGGCAAGUUUGAUAUUGAACCAGAGAAUAUGACUGACGAAGUUUUCGAUUUUAUAUUUUGUCGUCGUGAUGACAUCAAGAGUGAUGUACCAAUUACUCAAUUGAAGGCUAUGAGGAGAGAAUUCGAGUAUUUUUAUCCUCUCGAUGUUAGAAUCUCAGGUAAAGACUUGAUUCCCAACCAUUUAACAUUUUUCAUCUAUACACACGUUGCCUUGUUUCCGAGACGUUUUUGGCCCAAGGGUAUAAGAAUAAAUGGUCAUUUACUUUUGAAUAAUCUCAAAAUGUCAAAGUCGACCGGUAAUUUCAUGACUUUAGAACAAAUUGUUCAAAAGUUUGGUGCUGAUGCUUCUAGAAUCGCGUUGGCAGAUGCUGGUGAUACUUUUGAAGACGCGAAUUUCGACGAAUCAAACGCUAAUGCAGCAAUUUUACGUUUGACAACUUUCAAGGAAUGGGCUGAAGAGAUAGUGAAGUCUGCUGACUUGAGAACUGGAUCACCUGAUACCUUUUAUGAUGCUGCAUUUGAAAACGAAAUGAAUGAUUUGAUAGAGAAAGCAUUCGAGCAAUAUUCUGCCACAAAUUAUAAAGCAGCAUUGAAAAUUGGAUUAUUUGAUUUCCAAACCGCAAGAGAUUACUACAGAGAUUCAGUUUCGUCCUCUUGUGGCAUGGAUAGGGACCUCAUCUUUGAAUACAUUGAAAACCAGAUCUUAUUGCUAGCACCAAUCGCACCUCACUUUUCCGAAUAUAUAUAUCGUGAAGUUCUAGGCAAGAAAGAUUCAAUUCAAAAUGCUAGAUUUCCAAGAGCAUCAAAGCCUGUUUCAAAAUCAAUUAGUGACUCUUUGGAGUACGUUAGAGAUCUCUCUAGGUCUAUUCGUGAUUCUGAAAGUAAUGUAUUAAAGAAGAAGAAGGGUAAAUCCUCUGAAAUUGAUCCCUCCAAGCCUGCCAAAUUGACAUUGUUUGUGGCUUCAUCUUUCCCUGAAUGGCAAGAUAAUUGUAUCGAGAUUGUAAGGGAACUUUUUGAGGCUCACAAUUUAAAUGACAAUAAGCUUAUCAAGGAAAAAGUAGGUAAGGAUAUGAAGCGUGCUAUGCCCUUCAUUUCUCUCUUGAAGCAGAGACUUGCAACUGAAGAACCAAAGAUUGUAUUUAAUAGAGAAUUGACUUUCGAUGAAUCGGAAGUUUUGAAAUCGGUUAUUUCAAAUAUUCAAAAGGCUCCAAUUACUCUUGAUGUCAAAGAAGUUGAAAUUAUUGCCUUUGAAAGUGGUACCAAAUCAGGUAAGAAUGCCAUUACUGGUGAAACAGUCGACAUUUCAAUCACUGGUAAAUUUAUCGAUUCUGCUGUACCUGGUUCUCCAGGUAUUUUGAUCAGUAAUAUUUAG